AUGUUUCUGUCAGAAAGAAAUAACAGCAAGACCGUAUUUAUCCUCUUGGGCUUCUCAGAUUACCCAGAACUGAAAGUUCCCCUCUUCUUAAUAUUUCUCACUGUCUACAGCAUCACCGUGGUGGGGAAUAUCGGCAUGAUCCUCAUAAUCAGAAUUAACCCCAAACUGCACACCCCCAUGUACUUCUUCCUCAGACACCUCUCCUUUGUGGAUUUCUGCUACUCCUCCACUUUUGUUCCCAAGAUACUUGUGAACCUAUUUGCAAAUGACAGAACCAUUUCAUUUUCAGAGUGUAUAGUUCAAUAUUUUUUCUUUGCUCUCUUUGUAGUAACAGAGUCCAUUUUAUUAGUAGCGAUGGCUUAUGACCGCUUUGUGGCCAUUUGCAACCCCCUGCUCUACACUGUAGCUAUGUCCCAGAGGCUCUGUAUCACUCUGGUGGUGGGAGCAUAUGCAUGGGGGCUCACAUGUUCUUUGACAAUGACGUGCUCCAUUGUACAAUUAUCGUUUGUUGGUUUCAACACAAUCGAUCAUUUCUUCUGUGAGUUCUCCUCACUGCUUGCCCUCUCAUGCUCUGACACCCAUAUCAACCAACUUCUUCUAUUCACACUUUCCACUGCAAAUUCUGUCACAACACUCCUCAUGAUCCUGCUGUCUUAUAUAGUCAUCAUUGUAACCAUCCUCAAGAUGCAUUCAGCAAGCGGACGUCGUAAGGCCUUCUCCACCUGUGCUUCCCACAUGACCACCAUCACCAUCUUCUAUGGCACUAUCCUGUUCCUGUAUUGUGUGCCUAACUCCAAGAAUUCCAAGCUCAUGUUCAAAGUGGCCUCUGUGUUUUACACAGUGGUGAUCCCCAUGCUGAAUCCCCUCAUAUACAGCCUGAGAAACAAGGAUGUCAAAAACACAGUCAGAAAGAUAAAGAAUAUUAAAUUAAUAUCUUUUCCAUUUUCCUCUUCUUGA